CAGCUGGGAAAGAAAAAAUGGGGGCGAAAAAUCUACUAUAAAAAACGCACCCGCCGUUCUCUUUUUGGCCACAGAAGAAAAUCGAGAGGGAAAACAGUCCUCGUUUGCGCUUGGUGGCAAUUUUGUUCUCUGCUCUGCGCAGCAUUCCUUCAUUUGAUUUUCCCUGGUAAGAGAAGUGAAAGAAGCAAAAUGAGGGAAAUCUUGCACAUUCAGGGAGGCCAAUGUGGCAACCAGAUCGGUUCCAAGUUCUGGGAAGUGGUGUGCGAGGAGCACGGGAUCGACCCCACUGGCCGCUACAGCGGUUCAUCUGAUCUUCAGCUUGAGAGAGUGAAUGUGUACUACAAUGAGGCCAGUUGCGGAAGAUUUGUUCCCAGGGCUGUGCUCAUGGAUCUCGAGCCUGGCACUAUGGAUAGCGUUAGGACAGGGCCCUAUGGCCAGGUCUUUCGGCCUGAUAACUUUGUUUUUGGCCAGUCCGGCGCUGGAAACAACUGGGCCAAGGGUCACUACACUGAGGGUGCCGAGCUCAUUGAUGCUGUCUUGGACGUCGUGCGCAAGGAGGCUGAGAACUGCGACUGUCUGCAAGGGUUUCAGGUGUGCCAUUCUCUCGGAGGAGGCACUGGAUCUGGAAUGGGGACUUUGCUUAUAUCAAAGAUCAGAGAAGAGUAUCCUGAUCGCAUGAUGUUGACGUUCUCCGUGUUUCCGUCCCCAAAAGUGUCGGACACAGUAGUGGAGCCCUACAAUGCUACUCUGUCGGUGCAUCAGCUGGUGGAGAAUGCUGACGAAUGCAUGGUUUUGGACAACGAGGCGCUAUAUGACAUUUGCUUCAGAACGCUUAAGCUCACCACGCCAAGCUUUGGAGAUUUAAACCACCUGAUCUCGGCCACCAUGAGUGGGGUGACAUGUUGUCUCCGGUUCCCUGGGCAGCUGAAUUCAGAUCUGAGAAAAUUGGCAGUGAAUUUGAUACCCUUUCCUCGCCUACAUUUCUUCAUGGUGGGUUUUGCUCCUUUGACUUCCCGUGGAUCCCAGCAAUACAGAGCACUCACUGUCCCUGAGCUCACCCAGCAAAUGUGGGAUGCUAAGAACAUGAUGUGUGCGGCAGAUCCCCGUCAUGGCCGCUACCUGACUGCCUCAGCCAUGUUUAGAGGCAAAAUGAGCACCAAGGAAGUGGAUGAGCAGAUGAUCAAUGUGCAGAACAAGAAUUCAUCCUACUUUGUGGAGUGGAUCCCCAACAAUGUCAAAUCCAGUGUCUGUGACAUUCCUCCCAGGGGACUGUCUAUGGCUUCAACCUUUAUUGGGAACUCAACCUCCAUUCAAGAGAUGUUUAGGCGUGUGAGUGAGCAGUUCACUGCCAUGUUCAGGAGAAAGGCUUUCUUGCAUUGGUACACUGGUGAGGGUAUGGAUGAGAUGGAGUUCACAGAGGCUGAGAGUAACAUGAAUGAUUUGGUGUCAGAGUAUCAACAGUACCAGGAUGCAACUGCAGAUGAGGAGGCUGAUUUUGAUGAUGAAGAGGAAGAGCUUCAGGAAAUGUAAGCCUAUAGGCUUGAUUUUCGGCAACAUUUAGUUGCAGUGGCCUCCUUUUCCUAUGUUCUGUAGUUAGCUUAUGUAGUAGGAUUAAUAGUCUAAUUGAGUAGAUGAAGCAUUAAGACACUAUUCAAUUUUCUUUUAAUCUCUGAUUGGGAGAUCCAGACAUUACCAUAAAAAUCUAUCAGUGGUUUGUUUACUCAGUCGGCUACUUGAAUGACUUAGAUCUGUUUCUGUUAUAUACUAUCUUAAACAUCUUUGUAAUGUGAACUUGCACUUGCCGUAAUAUUUGUCACGAGUAUAAACUAUUCAUAGUUCCUUUUA